AUGGAUUUAAAAAACAAAAACACUAGAAAAAUACUACUUCAUUUAUUAGAAUAAUAGUUACAAAUAAUUCUAACAGAUAAUUAUCCAAAAACUAGAUUCUAAAAUUAAUUAAUCAAAUUUUAAGAUGGUUAGACAUCAAAAUUACAAAAAUCAAGAUAAUAAUCUCUAUCACCUUAAAUUAUGCGAACUCAUGCUUAAUCUGAACACAUCAAUACUUGUUAAAAACAACAAUCUUAAUUAAAAUAAAAAUAUAAUAAACUUUAGUAAUCUAAAGACAAAUUAAGUAUAAAUAAACUUUAAGAAGAAGUUUAAGAUUAUACAAUUCAUUCAAAAAUAUUAAAAUCUAAAAAUUUAAAUACUUAAGUUAAACAAGAUAUUUAUAAACCAGGCAUUAAUUAAAUAAAUUAAAAAGUAUUAAGAUUAUCUAUGUAGAAAAGGCUAAUCAUUUAAAUAAACUAAAAGAGUCAUGUACAAUAUAAAUGAAUCAAUAAGAUUCAUUUAAUCCAGCCAUCAAUAAAAUUUCUUAGAAAAUAACCUAAAAAAACAAUUAAACUGAUUUUUUUUAAAGAAUGAAUACAAGCUAAACAAAAAAAUUAGAAAAAAUUCGAAAACUUCAAAAUGAAGCUACUCCAUCUUUUAGACCAUAAAUUAAUAGUAAAUUUUUAUAUUUAUAUAAGAUCAUUACAAAAAAGGAUAGAAAAAUCAAAAUAAAGAUAUUUUAUAAGUUUCUGUUAAUUUAGAACUCUUAGAAAAAGUAAGAGAUUAUCAUUUGAGGGAAAACAAUUAAUAGAAUUUAAAUUUAAGUUAAACUGAUUACAGAAAUAUAUAAUCUAAAUCUGUUCUCUCUCAAACUAGAUAAAGUGAUUUUAACAAUUCUAAUUCUCCUAGUUUUAGAAAUUCAACUACUAUAAACAAAUAAUCUUAAUUUCACAUAGAUUUCAAUUCACCUAAUAAUAAUUUUACUAAAAUGUUAUAGGAAGCUUUAGGGGAAUCUUUAUAUGAUUGA